UCGGGAGAUCAGAUCGGACGUUGGCGAUGGUCACGGUGGGGAGAGGCAAAUUAUGUGAUGACGUAGGCGCGAAGCUUAAGCUUUAUCAGCGUUGUACCAACUUGGACGAUCCCAAUAAAUAACGGAAAGUUCUUAGUCGUUCAAAAACAAACGAGCCAUUUGAAGGAGUUCAGUUGUAGCCGUAGCCUACAGUACAAAUUGGACGAAGCACUUUAGACUGAACAACAUGCCAGAUUCUACUAUUCCACUUCUGUGCGUCCUGGGGCUCCUCGCGCUCUCCUCUGCAUGCUACAUCCAGAACUGUCCGCGAGGCGGGAAGCGCUCUUUUACUGAUCUGCAAAGACCGUGCAUGUCAUGUGGCCCCGGAAAUCGGGGCCUCUGCUUUGGCCCCAGUAUCUGCUGUGGGGAAGGGAUGGGCUGCUACGUGGGCUCCCCAGAGGCAGCUAGUUGUGCUGAGGAGAACUACCUGCACUCCCCCUGCCAGGCCAGAGGAAGAGUGUGUGGGUCUGAGGAGGGACACUGUGCUGCACCUGGGGUGUGCUGUGAUGCAGAGAGUUGUCUACUGGACUCAGACUGCCUAGAGGACAGUACACGUCAGCCACCCAGUGAGCAGAACAGUUCCUUAGUGGAAGGUUUGGCAGGAGAUCUGCUGCAGUGGAUGCUGCAUGCCACCAGAAGGGAGAGACCUCAGUAACAAACCACUGGCCAUCCCUCACCUGAACACACACCCAGAAUAGAGCCUAGAUCAGUUUCACAUGCACUACUACUGCAAAAAACUUACACAGCAUACACACACAUCAGGACACAGGAAAGGAAGAGUGGGCUUGCUACAUAAGAAAAGCAAUCAGCUCUAGUACAUUAAAAUUUACUGUGUGUACAGUAGCCUUCAGUAAGUUUUAAUUUCUAAGGCUUCAACUCAAAUAUGCAUUGUACAAUCCACUAGGGGUGGAAGGAAUGUAAAUAUGUAGCAAAUAAAUAUUUUCUUGCACUAUUGAAAUGUGUUUUUCCUAUGACUUACUGAGAGGUACAAUAAUAAGCAAACAGCACCUGGGAUUAUUCACCAGAAAAUCAAAGGGUUCUCGUCAGGGUUGGUGCCAAUAAUUCAGUCUAAAUUCCAGUGAAUUCAUGAAUAGAUUUGCACUCCUAUGGACAACUUUUUAAAUUCAACAGUCUGGAAUACACGAGGUAGGAAAGAUUUGGCACCAUAUAAUCUGAUUUUAGGGUGAAGUAUCCUUUUCAGGUAAUACUGUAAUGGGGAUGUAUAAAAAAGCUGACAGGUUAUUGAUAAGGUCUUUAUAUCUUUACCUUACUUUGAUAAUACAACCAUAAAAAUGUGUCAGAUGAACACAGA